GUUUGGGCAGAUUUGGGAAUUUUGAUUUUUGUCAAUUUCCUCUCCUUUUCUGGUCGAUUUGGUGGAAUUGAGAAGGUUUUGUUUGUAAUUAGGACUUCGCACCUAUGGACUACUGCCCAGACAGCUGGGACGAACCAACCUUCACGGGUUUGGCGGCAGGUUGCCCGGAGGUGUGCCGCCUCCACCAGAAGGAGCCGGUGAAGCGUGUCGCUUUUGAAGGAACGAACACCGGCCGUCGCUUCUACAUGUGUUCUGUGGAAGGGUACAUUGAGAAUUGUGGCUUCCACUCUUGGCUUGAUGAUGAGUGGCCACAGCCAAUGAAGAACACAUUGCUGAAGCUGUGGGGAAUGUACCAUGACAUGCACAAUGCACUGCUGGAUGAGAAGAUUGAGAAUGGCAAGAUUGUGAAAGAUUUGAAUGAAGAGAGGAUAAAGGUGGAGAAGAAGUAUGAGGGUGAGGACUAUGCUGAAACAACAUACAUGAUCAGCAAGAUUUUGAAACAACAUACAUGA